AUGGCCACGAAAGAUUGGCCAGUUGCCGCAGGGCCUCAACACGGCGUGAGACGAAGAAAACAAUACGACACGCCGCGGAGGAAGCUCUGGAGAAUAUUAUCGAGCGUUUUCCUUGAACGUGAUGGCACAGCUACCACAGUGGGGCUGCAACGGCACGGAAUGGACGUCGAACAGGGUCCCGUAAAUGAAUCUUUCUUAUCCUCGGAUAAACAGCGCGAUGGCACAGCUACCACAGUGGGGCUGCAACGGCACGGAAGGGACUUCAAACACUUGUCGGUCUCUAGAUGA